CAGCCCUCUUUUCCUGUGAUGUCAGCUUACAAGCUGAGUAAGCAAAGGUGGGGUGUUUUCUCUCUCUCUGAAUACGCAAAUGCAUACAGGAUAAUUGGCGUGUAUGAAGAAAGCUCAAAUUCAGCAAGAACAGACACGCUUUGGAAUUUUAUUCCUCUGCACCCUUCUCACGCUGUGGGUUCAACGCUGUGGGCUAAACGUUUAUUUAACAGCACAAAGACAAGACAACAGGGGGAAAAGCCAGGAAGGUCGGAAACAAGGAAGUCUGUUUGUAAAGGACCUUCAGUUCUAUUACUCACACGCAACUUUGGAAAUGAUAUGCAGUACUUUCGACGGAACAACAGGAAAGAUACAUUCCUCCUUCAGUAUGUGGAGCAAUUAGACUGGAGUUUUAAACGUCCUUUGUGUACAAUGAGAUAUUUACUAUUGACAAGGAAUGGCUAUGUGAUCUGCUACAAUACUUGGAAGAAAGUAAUUCUGGGAUGAGUACAGUACAGAAUGCCUUCCUCUAAAUUUUAUAAUCUGGCAAUGGCGGUUUAAAGUAAAGCCAGACACAAAUGAAAGCACACAAAAAUUGGAUUUACAAAGCACCGGAAAGUUUUGCCGUGACUACAACACAACACAACAAAAGAAGGUACAGCUUUACUUUUAAAACUCUUCACUGUGGAAAUAAAAUUGCUAUCAUAAUGCUAAGCUCCAACUGCUCUACUGAAGACUCCUUCAAGUAUACUCUAUAUGGUUAUAUGUUUAGUAUGGUAUUUGUCCUUGGCUUAAUAUCUAAUUGUGUCGCCAUAUAUAUCUUCACCUGCACACUAAAAGUACGUAAUGAAACAACAACUUACAUGCUUAAUUUAGCAAUAUCAGACCUUCUUUUCGUGUUUACAUUACCCUUCAGAGUUUACUACUUUGCUACAAAGGAUUGGCCAUUUGGAGAUAUACUCUGCAAGACUUCUGUCACAUUGUUUUAUAUAAACAUGUAUGGAAGCAUUUUCUUUUUGACCAGCAUAAGUAUUGAUCGCUUUUUAGCAAUUGUACAUCCGUUUCGGUCCAAGACUAUUCGGACAAAAAGAAAUGCAAAGAUCACCUGCAUCGCAGUCUGGACAAUUGUGAUAGUAGGAAGUGUACCAGCAAGCUUAUUUCAAUCCACCAACACUCAUGUCAGCACAGGAGGACUAACUCACAAUGCAUGCUUUGAAAAUUUUUCUGAAGCAACCUGGAAAACCUAUCUUUCAAGGAUUGUUAUCUUCAUUGAAAUUGUAGGAUUUUUCAUUCCACUUAUAUUAAAUGUGACUUGCUCCACAAUGGUUCUAAGGACUUUGAAUAAACCGUUUACACUCAGUCGGAAUAAAUUAAGCAAAAGAAAGGUUCUUCGAAUGAUUUUUGUUCAUUUGCUGAUAUUCUGUUUCUGUUUUGUGCCAUACAACAUUACCCUAAUUCUUUAUUCACUUAUGAGAACACAAACAUGGAUUAAUUGUUCAGUAGUUACUGCUGUGAGGACUAUGUAUCCGAUCACACUGUGCAUUGCCGUUUCAAACUGUUGUUUUGACCCUAUAGUUUACUAUUUCACUUCGGACACUAUUCAAAAUUCAAUAAAAAUGAAGGGCCGGUCAACACGAAGACAUGAAUACAGAUCCUCCAAAACACAAGCUUCUGAUAAAUUCAUUCAACAUGGACUCCAGACUUUACAAGCAACAACUGAUAAUGAAUCUACAAUAUAAAUGAAAGUGUAAGAACUAGAGAACAAAAACUGAACAUUCAAGCCAUAUUUUUUUGUAUAAAGAUAUGCUUAUAUACACCAAACAUUGGAUGAGUAAAAACAUUUUUAUAGUAAUAAAUGUCUCUGUUUAUAAGUAGA